AAUUUCUCCAUUUUUCCGGUGCAAUUUCUAGAUAUUCACCAAUCAAUAAUCAAGUCACACAUACCAAGAAGUUAGUUUAAACAAGAGUCCAAAAAUGGUCAAAUUUCAAAUAAUAGCUCGAGAUUUUUACCAUGGAUUUAUUGAUUCAUUUAAAGGAAUCACUUUUGUUCGGCGUAUUCGUGAAGAAGAAGCGAAAGAAGUAAAAGUAGAACCACCGAAGCCAGUUGAACGAACAGUUUUAAUGAUGAGACGAGAAAAACAAGGAAUUUUCAAAAGACCUCCUGAACCACCGAAGAAGAAAGAUAGCUUUUUGAAAAAACUCUGGCAAAUCUAUGCUAUGAAUAUCGGUUUCUUGGUUCUGUGGCAGGUCUGUAUAUUGAUUCUUGGUCUAUUCUUCAGCUUUUUCGAUCGAACUGAUUUGGGUCACAAUAUCGGCUACAUUCUGAUUAUUCCCAUCUUUUUUGCUUCUCGAAUCAUUCAGGCACUUUGGUUCUCAGAUAUUUCAGGAGCCUGUAUGAGAGCUCUAAAAUUGCCACCACCACCUGUCGUUCCUUUUAGUUCUAUGUUAGCGGGAACUCUCAUUUCUGCGCUCCAUCAAAUUUUUUUCCUCAUUCAAGGAAUGCUUUCGCAAUAUCUUCCAAUUCCUCUUAUCACACCAGUUAUCGUUUAUCUUCAUAUGGCUCUACUUAACUCAAUGUACUGUUUCGAUUACUUCUUCGACGGUUACAACCUUUCAUUCCUUCGACGCAAAGAUAUUUUCGAAUCACACUGGCCGUACUUCCUUGGUUUUGGAACUCCCCUGGCACUUGCUUGCUCAAUCAGCAGUAAUAUGUUUGUGAACAGUGUCAUUUUUGCACUUCUCUUCCCAUUUUUCAUCAUCACCAGCUAUCCGGCAAAUUGGAAUAGAAAAUACGAAGAGGAAAUUCCGAAAAUUGCAUUCUGCCGUAUUUCAUACAUGUUCACUGAACUUGUUGGAAAAUUCGUCAAAAGCAUUACACCAACCAAUAAUCCAACUGCUGCUCGAAAUAACGCUCAAAAUUAGAUGUAAAAUAUGUUCAAAAGGGUUCAAAUUCUCGUGCCAUUUAUUUUUAACUUUUUUCGUUAUCUUUUUCCCAAAUGUGCCACUCAAAAAUAUGAGUAUAAUUUAUGUCACUUCUAGUGCAUCCUCAGUUCCAAAAACCUGAUUUUCCUGUACAUUUUGAUAUUUCUUGUACAUAUUCUUACACUUGUGCUCAUGCCCAUUCACUCAGUUUUUGAAUAAAUUACGGCUAAAUCAA